AUGGAAUCAUCUUCUGCUUUCUUCACUCUCCUUUUGCUUCUUCUGUUUGCAACCAUGACAACUGCAAGACCAAAUCCUGGAGAAAAUUCCCAAGGUACCAUGAAAGAUAAGCUCAUGCCUGAAGCAAUUGUCGUCGAGGGUUCAGAGUCAUCUCUCUCAAACAAAGACACAGACUGUCACACAUCAACUGAUACAAAAAACACCGAUCAUUAUGUUAGGAACGUCGAGGAUAUAAAAAAAGAAAAUGGCUUUUCUGAGGACAUUGAACCAAGGCCUAAUGUCUCUGUAUACCAUGAUGAUGCUAAAGAGAAUGGCUUUGCUGAGGACAUUGAACCAAGGCCUAAUGUCUCUGUAUACCAUGAUGAUGCUAAAGAGAAUGGCUUUGUUGAGGACUUUGAACCAAGGCCUAAUGUCUCAGUUUAUCACGAUGAUGCUGGUUUACAAGCAAAUAUAUCAUUUGUCAAAGAUUUCGAACCAAGGGACAGUGUUUCUGCUUAUAAGGAUUAA